CUGAGCAGGGAGCUGCGGGCUCUGCCCCCGUGAACGGCGCUCCGGCCGGGGACUUGUUGGGUUUGGUUCUUGGGCGGGGACAGCCCGUUCCGGUCCCGGUGUCCCUGCCCGGUGUCCGGUCCCGGUCCCGGUGUCCCUGCCCGGUGUCCGGUCCCGGUCCCGGUGUUCCUGCCCGGUGUCCGGUCCCGGUCCCGGUGUCUGCCCGGUGUCUUUGCCCGGUGUCGCCGCCGGGGGGCGCUGGCGGCUCGAGCGGCGGUCACGUGGCCGCAAUGGCGCAGCGGUUCUGGGUGCUGAGGUGUUGCCGCUGCCGCCGCUUCCAGGGGCAGCAGGCCAAGCGCAGCGGGCGGUGGAGCUGCAGCGUGUGCGGCCAGCAGCAGGCCGUGCAGAAGGUUUAUGGGCAGGGCUCGGGCCUGGAGUGCCGGCGCCAUGUCCAGAAGCUGAACUUGCUGCAGGGUGAAGCAGAGGAGGCGUUGGGUUGGACAUCUUGGUGUGUAGAAGACUCUGUAAGUGACAGCAAAAAUAAAGCAGCACAACAUGAGGACAGUUCAGUCCAGCAGGAGGGAAGGACAGAAGGCAGUCGUUGGAGUAAAUAUCUGGACCAGGAGAGUGAGGAUCAGGAAGAUGACAAGGAGGAGGCAGCUCUGGAAAGGCAACAGUUCUGUUCCCAGAGAAAGAACACUGUGGGAGAACAAAGGAAACACCUGAAGCACUUCCUAUCCAAUGAUGUUCCAGAGCAUGCAGAAGAAAGGGGAGUUUCUCAGCUUGUCUAUCAAGCGAAAAAAGUUAAAACCACUGAGCACAAGAAAUGCUUUGUAGCAGUGCCUGAUGGACAGGAUGGAGAUGCUGGUUCUGGAGGCCGUGUGGUUCCUGCUCUCUGCGAGGCUGUAGUACCUGAGGAGAAUACCCAGCCCCCAACUGCUUGUACCAAACCAUCCAAGUGGGGAAAAUACCUCUCAUUUUCUGAUAACUGUAGUGAAAAUGCUACUGAAGUGACCAUGGCAGUGCAGGAGGGCAGUGGAGGUGUGGGGCUAGACAGCACUGCUGCUGGCAGGGCCUGGAGGUGCUCAGGGCAGGCAGCAAGUCUGCCUCAGGGUCCUGGUUUUGAAUUUAACAAGUGUGUUGCUAGCACUGAAGAUCAAACCCUGAGACUGCCCAGCAGCAGGUGCUCAGUUGAGGAAGUGCUCAGAGAACCUCAGAGCCAGGUGCUCAGGGUGGGAGCUGCUGCAGGGACCACUGCAGGAAGGGCAAACACCCUUGUGAACUCUAACCCUAGGCCAAAGAUGAGCAGCAUUUCUUGUGAGCAACUCUUCUGCACAGGUGAGGAGUUUGAUGAUGACCUCUGACAUGUCUUGCUUAUUUCUAAGGCAUUUUCUAUGUUGCUUACUGAGAGUUUUGAACUAAAGGUGGUUGUACACAAAGCCAUAUAGAACUGCACUAUUCAAGUUGUUUACUUGCUUGAUUGGUUGUGUUUGGGGGGAAGGGAAGGAGGGGGAAGAGACUUUCUCUCAGGUUACGGUGUUGUCUAGCAACCUCAGCAGCUAGAAAUAGGAAUGGAAGUAGGUCAGCUAGGGGAGACAAAGCUCACAGGCUUUAAGGAUUCCUGGCCUGUACAAUUAAAGUCUGUGAUUGACUCCUCCUUACAAACUA